CGGACGGUCGCCUCUCUUGCUUAAGUACGAGCAUCAUCUGGGUCAUUAUCUUACAUUAAGCUUUGAGUAUCGCACCGCCGCCCACCAAUGGCAGGAUUUGACGUUCCUCAUAAUGGGAACGCGUUCAAGAACUUGCCAAACUCGUUCACAUCCACCAUGCCUUUCCUUCGACUCCCCGAGGAAACUCAUACCCAUAUCAUGUCUUAUCUCCCUGUUCCGAGCAUGCUGGCAUGUAGUCGGACUUGUAAACUGCUCUAUCUACGCCUCUCUUCAUCACUCGCUUUGCAAUCCAUCAUCAGUCUGUAUGCGCAUUCACUGGUCCCAGUUCCCACGUCUCUUUCCCCCGCUCACACUCUUGCUUUGUUGAGUGAACAUUCACUCGCCUGGCAGGCCCUGAAGCCGCAGAGAGUUGAGACCAUCCACAUGCCUCCUGGCCUUUGGUUUGGCUGGAGAGCAGAUCUCAGGGGAGGGUGGUAUGCAGAAUGCGAUGAAGGGCAUGUUGCGCUCGUCAAGCUUCCAUCUUGGAAAGAUGAUGUUUCAGUGAGUGAAACAGGCGAUGCGGAAGAGGACGAGGAGAAGGACUUCCAGAUUUUCAGGCCACCGGGAGGGAAGGUGGUUGGACGCAUAGAGGAUGUGUUGAUCGACCCCGGGCAGGACCUGGUGAUGUAUAUCACUCGCACACCUGAUCGAUCAUGUCUCACCCUGCAUGUUCUCACCCUAGAAGGAAAACACCACCCUUCCGCCACCAGCCGUACAAUGACCUACCAGCAAACCUGGCGUGGUGAUUUUCCCGGCGUCAAGCUGUUCGCCUGCUCGCUGUCUCGCUCACUCGUUGCUUUUUUCGUCCUUUCCUUCUUGGGGAAUACCCGAUUGAACGAGAUCGUUGUCUGGAACUGGCAGACCGGCGAGGAAUGGCGACGGGAGACUCACUGGAGACACUACGAGACGCUUGCAUUCAUUGGCGAGCACGAAUUGGUAGCCGGGUGCGUGACUGGUGACGGACCGACAUUGGACGUGUACACCAUUUCGUCACCGAAUCAGGAGAAUCAAGACGACACUCACAUCCUUCUCUCGCACUCCUUGGCCCUCCCGCGCCUGCGGGACGAUAUUCGGCUUUCCGUGUACUUUUCACCCAACCGCUCUACCCCCUAUCCUACGUCUUACCCUUGGUAUUGCCCACCCAAGAAUCAGCUUCUAGCAAUCACCCUCCGCCCGUCGCGCGUCACCUCUCGCAUCGCUGAAAAUGGAUUGUAUGCGCUAUUCCUUCUCGUCCGCACCCUUCUUCACCCGCCGGGCCUAGAGACUAGUGUCCAUCCUGUCGACGACAACGAUGCAUCCCCUGUGCCCUGGUCUAUUUGGGGACCAGACAAUACGCGAAUUAUCCCAUUGGACCCUCUCCUGCCCAAUCCAAUACGCACAAGUUUUACCCACGGCACACGUGGCAUAUAUCUCAUCUCGCCUACCCCCUCGAACUCUUUCCAAGUCUGCGUCGUCGACUUCUCGCCCUACUUCCUACGGCAGGAUCACCAAGAAGACGAUAUUGUCCAGGAGACGGAACUCCCCAAAAACCCUUUCUGGGAAAGCACCGUGGUGACACGCUUAGGCUACAGGAAGGCAAAGACCUUUUCAGGGUGGGGUGAUGUUGUAUGGACAUGGAUUGAUGAAGAAAGACUCGUUGUCGUCCGGCGUGAAGACCUGGGGGUAGGGGAAGAAGGAGGAAGGGUUGUUGGGAAUGUCCUACAAGUCAUGCUUAUGUAACGAGGU